GCGGGCACCGCGCCGGCCAUGGCAUCCGAGGCGCGCGUGUCACGCUGGUACUUCGGGGGCCUGGCUUCCUGCGGGGCCGCCUGCUGCACUCACCCGCUGGACCUGCUCAAGGUGCACCUACAGACGCAGCAGGAGGUGAAGCUGCGCAUGACGGGCAUGGCGCUGCGAGUGGUACGCUCCGACGGCAUCCUGGCACUCUACAACGGCCUCAGCGCCUCCCUCCUCAGACAGAUGACCUACUCGCUGACCCGCUUCGCCAUCUACGAGACUGUGCGGGACCACAUGUCCAAGGGAACCCAGGGCCCCCCGCCCUUCUACCAGAAGGUGCUGCUGGGAGCCAUUGGCGGUUUCACCGGCGGCUUUGUGGGGACCCCCGCAGACAUGGUCAAUGUCAGGAUGCAGAACGACAUGAAGCUGCCGGCCGGCCAGCGUCGCAACUACGCCCACGCGCUGGACGGCCUGUACCGGGUGGCCCGGGAUGAGGGUCUCAGGAAGCUGUUCUCGGGAGCCACCAUGGCCUCCAGCCGAGGGGCCCUCGUGACCGUGGGCCAGCUGUCCUGCUAUGACCAGGCCAAACAGCUGGUCCUCUCCACCGGCUACCUCUCAGACAACAUCUUCACCCACUUUGUCUCCAGCUUCGUGGCGGGCGGGUGCGCCACCUUCCUGUGCCAACCGCUGGAUGUGCUCAAGACCCGUCUAAUGAAUUCCAAGGGCGAGUACCAGGGUGUUUUCCACUGCGCCAAGGAGACCGCCAAGCUGGGACCCCUGGCCUUCUACAAGGGCCUCCUGCCCGCCGGCGUCCGCCUGGUGCCGCACACGGUGCUCACCUUCCUCUUCCUGGAGCAGCUGCGCACACACUUCGGCAUCCGCGUGCCAGCCUGACCGGCAAGGCGCCUUUCCACCCAAAGAGCGGCAGGGAUCCAGCAGAGCCCUGCCCACGCCCUUCUCCCAGUCCGGGACCACCACACCUACCCCAGCUCAGCCCUGUCACCCUUUUUCUCCACGCAGUCCUGCCGCUGAACACCUGCGCCGAGCCCCCCCAAGACCCCCUCCAGUACCCCUUCCCCGCCGCCUCCUGGGCACCGCCUCCACCCCUGCUGGCUUCUCUGAGGACAUAGACCCAGGAGGGCAAGGCUUGGCCCCCGCCUGGCAGCAGAUCAAAGCACAUACACUGCUACUGGCCCUCACGAUGUGGUGGGAGAUCGCAGGCUUUGAUUGGCCACCUGCCUCGUGUCCCCAUGGCCCCAGGCUGCUGACCACCACCACCCUGCGCUCAGUCUGCUGCUUCACUGAGCAGCUGCUCGGAGCCCACAGCUCUGCAGGCUUCUAGCUGCAUCAGGGGAGAGAUGUGAGGGACGCCGGUCCUCAGGCCGGGGCUCCCCUGAGCUGGACUCAAGCAGACGGGGACCAGCAUUCCCCCACCCCACCCCCAACCCAACAUGGCUUUAACUAGGUCGGUUCUGCCAACCUCUGGCACCUGCCACCUGUGUCUUCAGGGAUGGGCUGAGUCCUUCCCCCACCCCACCCCCCACAGUGCCUGGGACCCUUCUGUACUGAGGUGGUCACCCCACUCCAUACCUGGGCUGUCCAGCCAACCUCGUGGGUUCUGCCUGCUUGCCGAGCCCCCUCCUAUUGUGACCCCACCCAGGAAGGGUCCCGUGCCUCUGUCAGAACACCAUUAAAGAUGAGGAGGACCA